AUGGUCGUCGGCGUCCGCGAAAAGCUGUCUACAAUCUUCACUCCGCACAGAUAUGCCUCGACCGGCUCCUGUCCCGCCAUCCCCCCAGAUCUCUCCACCGCCCCUGUCGACGAGCGCGACUCUGUACCCGGCUCACUGCUGCUGACGCUCAAGUCUGCGCGGCGCCGGGCUGUAAGCACAGGGAGUCUGCUCCAGGCUGAGAAUAAGGGCGUAGACGGCGCAGGAGCGGCGGACAAAGACAAGGACAAGGACAAGGGAGAUACGCCUACGCUUACGCUGCGGCCUAAGCACCGUCGUUUCCGUCCGAGUCGACAGAGCAGUGGUGCCGCUCCGCGCCUAACGACCGCUGCACUCCAGCAGAUCCCGAAACUCGACACCACGAAGCGAGUCAAGAACUACAUCAUGACCUCGCGCCAGCCCCGCGCCAACGGCGUUCCCUACGCGUUCAACCUCGAGAAACUCGACGCAUUCUCGCAGACUUUGGACGACGUGCUUUCCGACACGACGAGCAACCACGGGCUUCUGGAUAUGAUCCACGACGUCAUGAACCUGGAGUUUCUCAUGCAAUUCGCCGAGCACGAGAAGCUUGACACGAUCCAGCUCGCGGAGCUCGUGCUGCCUUUGCUGAGGCUGAUGAGGAAGGAUCAGCUGCUUAGUCGGUGGGAUGAAUGUUCUGCUAUCGCUCUGGCGGUUAGUCUUGUGGCGCGCCAUAGCGUGGUCAUUGAAGCUCUUGUGAAGUUCUCUGGAAUCACGAUGAAACCAAUCCAACCCGCCUCAACCAUCUCACCCUUCCAAUCCCACACCGCCAGCCCUCGCUGCCCGGACAAAACCCACAUCAACUGCAAAUGCCCCAACAGUCUAAUGCACCACCUCUCCACCGACGAAUCCACCGAAGAAGCAAAGCGCCUGAUGAGCCUGCCCGUGAAACCAAUCGAUGUCCUCGUCCGUCUCCGGACCCAUAUCGGGCCGGGAUGUCCACCGAUGACGCAGCAGAUGGCGAAGUUGUGGGUCGCGACGGUGAUGAAGAAUAGUGGGCAGUAUGCACAGGCCUUUGCAAAAUACAAGGCCGCCAAGAUGCAGGCGAAUUAUGUGGCGCUGGCGCAAGCUCGCGAUCUGUCGUCGCCGGCUGAAAAGUCGCGCAGUGUCUCUGAUUCUGCGCUUAUCCAGCAGAAGAACGACCAGUCGUCAAAGCCAGCGACUCCAGUUCUCUCCACCUCAACAAACCCCCAAUCACCUCUACAGCCUCACCCACCCUCACCACCAAAAUCUCUCCCAAACCAAUCUGUUCACCGUCCCCGCUUUCCGCAAGCACCCUCGCCGGUUCCGGGUCCGCCAAACGAGUCCCCGAUUGUCCGAAAUCUGGAUCACCGCUUGAGAAACGAGCGCGAGCUAGCUCUAGUCCUUCGCCGAGAUCGACACUGUGAUUGCUAA